AGUCGGAAUCCAGGCCGCGGACAAAGCGGAAGUUUAGACGGUUGCUCUGGGUGAACUGUGACAGCAUCGCAUCAAACAAGAAAUCGUUCUCUCCCCCUAAAUCAACCCAGCGUCCCCCUUUCCCUCACCCAUGGCGUCCAACUCCAACAUAGACAUCGAGGGUGCAACCCAGCAUCUUAGGGACAUCCUCAAGCUCGACCGUCCCGGGAACAGCGCCGAUCCGCCAUCAAGCGAUGGUCAGAGGAAGCCAUCUUUCAACGGAGAGCUGAACGGGUUACUGGGAGUGUUGACGAGCACCGACCGGUCGACCAUGUCGGACACCACCAGACCCCUCUCCACAGACGUGAGCACCGCCCAGGAGACCCAGAUAAUCCGCCUCACCGGUGACGACGGCUCCACCUGCAUCCCCAUCACCUCCAACAACGUGGAGGUCGUGGCGAGCCAAGACUCCAGCAUCAGCAGCAAGGCUCGAGGCAGCAGCAAGGUGAAGAUUCAGCCUGUUGCCAAGUACGACUGGGAGCACAGGUAUUACUACGGCAGACUGAUCGCCGUGUCCAACGCCUUCCUGGCCUACGCCAUCAGAGGAGCAAACAACCACGCCAUGAUCCGGGUCCUGACUGUGGACUUUGCUGAGCGCUCGCUGCUUAAGGGGUUCACCGGCGCCGUCACGGAUCUGGCGUUCGCCCACCUCGACUCCUCCCUGUUGGGUUGUGUAGACGAAGCAGGAAACCUGAUGGUCUGGCAGCUCACUUGCACCGGCAGCAAAAUACUAGAUCAGAUUGUGGUUCACAUCCGACGGCCAGAAGACACUCCACUGAACUCCCACCAUCGCCUCAUCUGGUGCCCGUUCAUUCUGGACGACAACGAAGAGAACCAGGACGACACCAGCCAGACUUUGGCCCUUCUGCAUGAAGACAGGGCUGAAGUUUGGGAUCUGGAGGUGUUGAGAGCAAACAACAGCAGCUGGCCUGUCGACGCCGCAGACGUGAAAGAAGGCCUCAUCACCAUCAAGGGACACACUCAGCGAGUCAGUGAAGGUGCACUGUCUCCAGAUGGAACCGUUUUGGCCACAGCCAGCCAUGACGGGUACAUCAAGUUCUGGCAGAUAUACAUCGAAGGAGGGCAGGACAAGCCCAGAUGUCUUCAUGAGUUGCGGCCUCACGGAGGACGUCCGCUGUCCUGCCUUCUUUUCUGCGACAACCACAAAAGACAGGACCCUGAGGUUCCUUUCUGGCGGUUCCUGAUAACUGGAGCUGAUCAGAACCAGGAGCUGAAGAUGUGGUGCACCGUUUCCUGGACCUGUUUACAGACCAUCAGGUUUUCUCCGGAUCCGUUUAACUCAUCAGCUCUGCCGAGUCUCAAGGCCAGUCUGGACCUUUCUGCUGAGUAUCUGAUCCUCACUGACGUCCAGAGGAAGGUCCUGUAUGUGAUGGAGCUGCGACAGGACUUGGAGAAGGGAAAGGCGAGUUUCACGGCGGUGUCAGAGUUCCUGCUGACCCACCCGGUGCUCAGCUUUGGUGUCAGAGACGUCAGCCACAGCCGACUGCGACACACCGAGGUCCUCCCCGCUGAGGAGGAGAGCGAAAGCAUGACUACAGAAGGGACUCAAGGACCCACAGAGUCCAAGUCUGGGAUCCAGAUUAAGCUCUACUGUGUCCACACCAAGAGUUUGCAGGACGUCCAGAUCUGGUUUCAGCCCAACGUGAGUUCAGGCUCUGCAGGCUUCCUUCCCCAUUCUGACUCUCAGGAUGGUCUUGCAGGGUUUUCUGACCAUCUCACUGACCAGAGCUCUGAUAAGGAGUCGGGAAGUGGCUCCCAGACCGACCUGAGGAAGAUCCCGUCGCUUCCUGCUCCCUCUGACUUCUUGUCAAACUCUGGAGCCGGCAGCGGAGCGAUGCCCAAACUGAUGACCCCGGACGCCUUCAUGACACCGAGCACUUCGGUGCCAGCGUCUCCAGGCAGCAGCGCCAGCAGUCUGACCAUUGUGACAGCGAUCAGCAGCAACUCUGACUCGACCAACAGAAACAUGGAUGAUGUCAGUCAGAGUCCGAACAGAGCAGACAACAGCAGCAGCAGUCUGACUCUCUCCACCUCCACCAGCAGCCCGAGAGCUGCUUCUGCUGUGCUGCUGCCUGGACUCGAGAACCUACAGGCUUUGACGUCCUCCGGUGGUCCUCUGGUGCUCGACAACCCUCAGGUUCUGGAUUCUCCACUCCUGCCACCCCUGACCUCUCCGACCAGGGCUCGCUCCCCAGACGUCAUCUCCUCGGCCUCCACCGCCAUGUCCCAGGACAUGCCAGAGAUCGCGUCUCAGACUCUGCAGCUUCAGCGUGGACUGGUGUCCAGCUUGGAGCCCUUACCUCUCUCUGCCCUCCAGACAGACAGCAUGGCCUCGGCUGCCUCUGCUCUGCAUCUGCUGACAUCUCCUCGAACAGCCAACAACAACAGCCUGCUGCCCCUUGAGCUUGGAGGUGGAGACGGGCCGGUUAGUGGUUCGGUGGAGUCGGAGCCCAGACUCAGCCACACUCCUUCUCUACUGGAAAACGCAUUAUCGCAGGAGAACCCAGGGGCUGGAGGAGGCUCCUCAGAUGGCAGCGUGAGCCAUACACCCUGGCCGGCUGCCCCGGACAUCACCAGGGAAACCAGGAACAGUCUCAGGGACAACGGUCUCGGAGAGUGCUCGAGAGAAGAGGCGAAGGACAGACACUUGAGCUCGCCUUACCAUCUGCGCUCGUAUCACCUCACACAGAACGACAGUCAGGAUGCCGGCGGCGAGCAGAGUGACCCUGACGACGAGGUGGCCAGUCUGGCUUCGUCCUCUGGAAACUGUGGCUCUCGCUCCUCUCACAGAAUACCGGUGAAGGACUGGAAGACGUCGCCGCGAGGCUCACCCAAACUGAAGAGGAAGAUGAAGAAAGAUGACAGUGAAUCAUCUCAGUCCAGACAAAUGGAUUCUGCUCAGUUUAAUGCUGAAGUGCAGGACGAGCUGCUGAUGCUGCUGCGUAGCCAGCAGAGGGAGCUGACUGAGCUGCGUGGACAGAUUGAAACCAUGCAGAGCUCCAUUAUGGCUCAGGUGGAGCACGUCCUGACAAACCACCAGGAACAAGAGCGACGAAGACUAGAGCGAGUUUUGGCGGAGAGUCAGAAUCACCAGCAGCAGCUCCAGGAGCAUCUCAGCCAGCAGCUCAGUCACGCCCUCAGCUCGGCUCUGACCAACCGCAUGGACAAAGUGCUUCGAGAGGAGGUCAAGAAAACUGUCCCACAAACGAUCUCCAAGAGUCUGGAGCCAGUGACGGGUCAGCUGAACAACACGAUUGCAGCUAAACUGACCGCCGUGGAGAUCACCCUGAAGGAUAACGUCGGCAAGGUGGUCAAAUCAAAGAACACGACGGAUGCGAUUGGACGAGCAGCAGCUGAGGCGAUGCAGGGUCCGAUCCAAGCCACCUACAAAGAUGCCUUCCAGAGCAUCGUGCUGCCCGUCUUCGAGAGAGGCUGCCAGUCGAUGUUUCAGCAAAUCAACGAAAGCUUCAAACAAGGCACACAAGAAUACAUCCAGCAGUUGGAGACUCACAUGAAGAGCAGGAAGCAGAGAGAACAGGAGACGCGAGACCCAGUGAUCGGACAGCUGCAGCAGAUGAUCGACGGCUUCCAGAGCUCCACCGAUCAGUUGGCCAACAACGUCACAGCCAACGUCCGGGCUGAAGUCCAGCACCAGAUCCAGAUCAUGGUGGCAAAUUUGCAGGAGUCUAUUCUUAGCCACGUCCAGCGGAUCGUCAAAGGGGAGGUGAGCCUGGCGAUGAAGGAACAGCAGGCGGUGGUCACCUCCAGCAUCAUGCAGGCCAUGAGGUCGGCGGCUGGCACCCCGGUUCCCACAGCCCACCUCGACUACCAGACGCAGCAGGCCAACAUCCUGCAGCUGCUCCAGCAGGGCCAGCUCAACCAGGCUUUCCAGCAGGCCUUAUCGGCAACGGAUCUGAACCUGGUCUUGUAUGUUUGCGAGACCAUCGACUCCCAGCAGGUGUUUGGUCAGAGCCCCUGUCCUCUCAGCCAGCCGGUGCUGCUGUCGCUCAUCCAGCAGCUUUCUUCUAACCUCGCGACCCGCCCGGAGCUCAAAAUGAGCUACCUGGAAGACGCACUAAUGAACCUGGACCACGGCGAUCCGCUGACCAGAGACCACAUGUCCUCGGUGUUGGCUCAGGUCCGACCCAAGCUGUUCACCUUCCUGCAGCAGGACCCCCACAGUCCGCUCAGCAAGCGGGCUCGGCGCCUCAUGAUGAUGCUGCAGGGAUUGGUCAACCACUAGUCUGUUCUCCAUGGUGGACUCGCCGUCACUUCUCCACGAAUGUUUCAGAGGAGAAGCCAACGAGGACGGGUUCACUGUCCCCUAAAUCCACUCUUCACCCCCCCGUCCUUCCUGUUCCUACACCAGUGAAGUGUCAAGUUAAGAAAUAGACAGUUUUCUGUUACUCUUAUUCUUCCUCCCCUCCUUCCCUGCAAGACAAUAAAGGUCUGGACUGAAAAGACUGUCGUCGAUUUCUGUUGAAGAGACUCUUGAGUUGGCUGUAGAUAAAUCCAGACCUCGCUGCUGUUUUCAUGAACAACACAUCUGCCCGACGCUCCCUCCGAUGUCACUUCAUCCAGAUGUGCAAAAGACUCAACGAAUGUCCAGCCGAGCGGAGUUCCUUCAUCUGUGUUUUGGGAUGCUGGAGCUACUCGAGGAACACGUUUCGCCUCAGAGACGUCGCCUUGUAUUUUGGCCUUAAGAGCAAACAGCAGGCUUGGAUGCAUUUUUGGUUCUUUUUUCUUUAACAACACAGACCAGCAUCCUCUUCGCUGCCCUCAGUUCGGUUCUUUUAAAGCUCAAUCUGGGCAACAAAAAAAACACCCAAAGCUGCGUUGUGUUUCAGUUGUUUCUUUAUAGCUCGGAGACACUAAUAGUUUCUUCAUAUGCAUAUCUCACUCUGAUUUCUGAAGGAAUAAAUAAGUGAAAUAACAUUUAUCGUGUUUGCUGGAGAGUAUCCCCUUUAAGACGAAGCCGGCAGCCGUCCAUGUGUACAGCUCUGUCCUGUAAACCUCCUCUUCCUCCUCUUCUUCUUGUUUUUCUUCUGCCCUGCUUUAUUUUUUAUAUAUAAACAUCUAGUAUUUGUAAGCCAUGUAUACUUGCUUUAAGAGUUUGUCGGAAGGAGCUUAAUAAAAACGAAUCGUUACUGAAGCCGUUCUGUUUUGCCGGGUUGCUCCAAACCACAUCUGUGAAAGCUCCUUGUGCAGUCGCUUCCCUCCGCCUCCAGGGUGCGCCACUUAGUCGGACACUCGCCCUGCUUGACAUUUCCACAAGUCAUUUCUGCUCUUACAGUAUCAAGACAGUGAGACUUUGGGUUGUAAAUGCACCGUUUGUUUGUGUAUGAUACCGACUGUACAGCCACACACACACACACGUUGGUUUGAUUACAGGGUGGCCACACUGUUGUUGUUUUUUUGGGUUUUUUUUUGUUUUUUUGCUGAUUGUACAAAUAAAGUUCUGUUCAUUUGACCCGUGUGUUAGAAUCUGUCUAGCAAGUGCCUUACUGUAUUUGACCUGUCAUCAGACGACUUGUAAUGUUCAAGCGUUUCCCCCCCGUUUUCCAAGCAUUUAAAAUCAGCAGUAAUGAGGCCAGAGUGGUGUUGUGUUUGCAAACGUUUGACAGCCGGUUCGGAUGUUGGUCUCGUCUCGGCAGAAAACCCAGAGAAGUUCUAUUUUGACUACUAGCAGCUGCAGACCGGAGCUCAGAGUGGCCGUUGGUUUGUUUGUUUUCCUCUCUUUCCGUUGUGUCUGCCUCCCUUCAGCUUGGACGGUUUAUGUUGUAUCUUUUACAGUUUCUUUUACCCUAAACAUUUUGGAAUAAAAAAAGACUUGUUCAA